CCAUCUUUCCAAACAGUGGAAAAGAAAAUGGCAAUCACCAUCCCAUUCUCUCUUCUCCUCCUGUUUUCCCUUCUAAACCUAGCUCUUGUUUCCUCCUCACCAGUCCAAGACCCUGACCUAGUGGUAGAAGAUGUUCACAGGAGCAUCAAUGCGUCUAGGAGGAACUUAGGCUAUCUUUCAUGUGGAACUGGCAACCCCAUCGACGAUUGCUGGCGUUGUGACCCCAAUUGGGAGAACAAUCGCCAACGACUAGCUGAUUGCGCCAUCGGAUUCGGUAAGGACGCAAUUGGAGGACGAAAUGGAAGGAUUUACGUGGUCACCGACUCCGGCGACGACGAUGCUGUGAACCCUAAGCCAGGAACUCUGAGACAUGCUGUGAUACAGGAUGAGCCGUUGUGGAUCGUCUUCAAACGUGACAUGGUGAUCAAGCUGAACAAAGAGCUUGUGAUGAACUCAUUCAAGACCAUUGAUGGUAGGGGUGCGAGCGUUCACAUUGCCGAUGGGCCAUGCAUCACCAUUCAUUAUGCUUCUAACAUCAUCAUACAUGGCAUCCACAUACAUGACUGUAAACAAGGAGGGAGUGGUGAUAUCAGGGACUCUCCGACUCAUUCCGGGUAUUGGAGGGUGUCGGACGGUGACGGUGUGUCCAUUUUGGCUGGAAAGCACAUAUGGGUGGAUCAUUGCUCCUUGUCCAAUUGCAAUGAUGGACUCAUUGAUGUCAUCCAUGGAUCUACAGCCAUUACCAUCUCUAAUAACUACAUGACCCAUCAUGACAAGGUCAUGCUUUUAGGGCACAGUGACUCAUUCACACAGGACAAGAACAUGCAAGUCACCGUUGCUUUCAACCAUUUUGGUGAAGGGCUUGUGCAAAGGAUGCCCAGAUGUAGACAUGGGUAUUUUCAUGUGGUGAACAAUGACUACACACAUUGGGAAAUGUAUGCCAUUGGUGGGAGUGCAGCCCCUACCAUCAACAGCCAAGGGAAUAGAUUUCUGGCACCUGAUGCUAGAUUUAGGAAAGAGGUGACCAAACAUGAGGAUGCACCAGAAAGUGAAUGGAGGCGCUGGAACUGGAGGUCAGAAGGGGACUUGAUGCUGAACGGAGCGUAUUUCCGGCAGUCCGGGGCCGGUGCAUCGGGGACAUAUGCUAGGGCUUCUAGCUUAAGUGCAAGGCCAUCUUCUCUGGUGGGGGAAAUUACCACAACUGCGGGUGCACUCAACUGCCGGAAGGGCUCUCGUUGUUAAUUAACUUAGAAAAUCAGCCAUGUUAAUGGUGAUCCUACUUAUAUACUUAGCUAAAUAUAUCUAAAGAAAUGAAAGAGAAAAGCAAUGGGAAAAGAAAAAAAUAUGCAUCCCUAGCUUCAGUACUAGUCUAUGGUAUUCCUUUUGCUAGGCUUCAUUUUCUUCCCUUUUUCUUUUUCUAAAUUUUCCUUCUACUACUGUUUGUGACUCUUCAACCUCUAUCUGUUUCCUUGUAGAACCAUUUUGGAUUGCUGUGACAUCCUCAAUGGAUUAAAUUAAAUGAAAACAAGAGCAGCUAGAAGUGUUGAAUAAACUGAAAACUUAUACUA